AAGCAGUCGGCUCUUUUGCAGUCUUCAUCUGCACUUGAGGCAGGUGCAUGCGUCGCCCUCCGCCCGCCACCGACCGAAACCGACACUGCGAUCUGACCCGAUCCGCCCCUGACCCCCGCCAUGUCGCUCGUCUACUCAGGACUGUCGGCCGGAAUCGCCUUCGGGGUCGUCUCCGGCGCCUUGUUUCUUAUCGGAAAUACUUUUUACGCAAGUAAAAGCCGGCGCCGGGUGCGUCCGGAAAGGCGACAGCACGGAUCGCCGAAACGAAAGCCGGCAGAGACGUGUCCAUGCACCGGCGGCGAGGAAGCGGGUGCCCUCGAACGGAGGUCGUCGCGCGCUCACGCCAGCCUGCGAUGCUCCCUGUGCGGCGGGGUGGUGUGUCGCGCCUGCAGCAGGGUGGUGCGACCUUCGGCCCGCAUCCGACUCUGCGACACUUGCUAUCAGCACAGAGAGCUGACUCAUCCCGGUGGAGAGUGGUUCUACCAGCAGCUGCAAACUAAAUUUCAUGAUGUGAUACCUUCCUCCUCCAGUGAAAGCUUAAACGAGGCGAAAAUUGCCGCCAGCAUCGAUGCUAGUCUUGAAGUUAGGGAAUUUGUAGAGCGGCUCACGGAAAAUAUUGUCGGAGGAUCCAUUGAUGACGUCACUGUCGAACCACUCUCCAGCCAAAUCGAAUACGAACAAUUGUGUUCAGAAUUCCAUCCACAAGUGAAGGAUGUUCUCACACGUUUGUCCCAGGCGUUACAAAUCGCAAUCACAGACUUAUCUACAGUAAAAUUGGCCAUUGGUGAAUCUCCAAGCGAAAUUCACGUUCAGCUGAAGAAAUUAGUAUCUGACAUGAGGGCUAAAGCGCUUGAGCUGCCUCUCCUGGAAAUGGACACGUUCCUCGAACAGGAAGGGGCCAGCCCUCUGAAGAAAAAGUCGCCGAUUGACUUCAACAAAAGGAGUUACGAAGAGCUCUUGAGCACUGCUAUAAUUAAUAAGCAUACCCUAGGAGGCUAUUACAAGGUCGUAGAAAACUCACAGUGUGCAUUGAUGGAGGAGCAUCUGAAAACCCCUUCAUGCAACAACUGCGGCAAGAAUAAAAACUUUGUCACAUGCAUUAAAAUCGGCGUUAACAAUGAAGCAAAAAUCACAUCCGAACGGCAAGCGGCCACCCAACCGAAGAACACAGCCGAUUCAGAGGAGGACGACAGCGACGCUUGGAGCUCCACCGACGAGGAUUCGGCUGCCAGUGAGAGCACCGAGGCCAGUCCGAAGAAAAGGUGCACCCACAAGCACAGCAGUGACUUUGCACAGUUUUUGGAAGGACUCAAACACAGCAAUAGGGUCCCUUUUCCUGAACUAGGGGCUGAUAUUGUCGAAGGCACAGUUCAAGAGACGUUACUUGACGAAACAGCGCGCACGACUUUGUACCUUGUCAACAGCGACUCUCGCAAAUCCUCCCUUUCGUCUGCUUCGUGGGAGGAAAACUGGCUUUUCCAGAAAAAGAGAUUGAAUUUCCGCUCCACUAACAGGAAUGGGGGCAUGGGCCGGGUUCCGAUGCUAGUGCCGAAUCCAAAAUUUGAGCACAGGCACAUCCGGGCCAAAAUCGGCGACACAGACGCCGACCAGCUUUCCUCGGACCUUUCCGAUUACGAGAGCUACAUGAGCAGGGAUGAGGAAUCGACGAGUCUCGACAAUGAGCCUGCCUCUCUCGAGUCAACAGGCAGACAGGAAGCGGACUCGAAACUGCCACCUGACUUGAUCGAAGCGACUAACCAGGAAAUGCAGGGAGCCGUUGUAGGGGCCACCCUUAUUCUGGCUCCGCCCUCCGUCAACGGCGCCGAGAGCAACGAGUUCGACCAGCAGGAAGGGGAAUAUUUGGAAGACUUUGCUUCCGUUGGCCACAGGAGUUUCAACAACAGUUUGCAUGGAGACUCCAACGACAGCAGUACUUUUGGAUUAUUCAGCAUGCCCGGUUCACCUACGAGCGAGUCAAUUUCCAAGGCGAAAAGCGUGCCUGAUAUUCUGGAGUCGACAAAAAGUGCUAUUUCAUCGACAAAAGGUGCCAAAGAAGAGCUUGAUGACCGAUUGUGCAAGCCACCCAUGCCAGGUACAAUCGCUGAACGCGAGCAUCUGAAAUGGCAGCACGCGCGCCCAAUUGCAAAUAACCCUUAUUCCGAGGAGAAUAUCGCCAAGAGAUUGCACGACAGAAAAAAAGUAUCAUCUGCAUUCAAUAUGCCGAUCACGACCAACCACUCAAACAUCCCGGUCGAGCCACCACCACCAAUCUCCACUUCAGAGCCAGAAGAGAAUUUGAGAAUCGUGUGCACGGGACAAAACGUAAAGGACAUCAAAAAAUACACUCGAGAUUACUACAUAAAUCUGCAAGAGAAUAUCCACUCAGCGCCCGCGGAAAUGGAGCCGAGCACCGACGAGAACCUGAGCAGCACCGCCGCCACUAACAGUGAGCCGGUGUCGCUCAACGGCAGCACCGACGACCUCCUCAGCGGAAUCGAGAGCAUGCCCAUGCCGUCCGUCAAGGAGUUGAAAAAGCACUUUGACGUCGCCGCCCCGCAAAUCACGCAGAGAAAAUUGAGAGGAAGCGCAAAAGGAUUUGACAAGGAAGUUAUCAUCAUAGAAAAUCCAGCUCCACCAGCGCCAGUGCACAGUUUGACAGGUAGGAAUUUGUCAAACGGAGUGCGAGCGAGUCUGCAAGCCGGCGACGUGGUGGACGCGCCCAAGCCCGCCGAGCGCCACAGAGCCAAUCUGGAGUUUUGGCGGCAACAACAAACGCCGGUGCCUGCACCACGACGGAAGUGAAUUUCCUGACCCGGCAUCGCCAAAUCGAGUUAAGAUUGUGUAAAUUUUGUAUUUAAACCCAUACAAAAUUGUACGCCGUUUAGCCGUUAACUGACGACACAUGUGAUAUUUGAAAUGUUGGAAUAUCUAAACUGAUAAUUAUUAUACGUUCCAAAUGGCCAACUUAAUUAAUAAUAAAGGCAAUGUGUGCCAAACUAA